AAAUCAGAGGCCAAGUUUAUCAUAAAAUAGGCUCAUUGCUGCCAAUGCCAAACGAACCACAUAAAUUUUUACAAAUCUACUUUAUGGGCGGCGAGGACUCCGGAAGCGCACUAGCCAAUCGGGUGGAUGCACAUUGUGGCUACAAUAACCUUGAUUCAUUAUUUGCUAGACGCAUCGUCAGCGAGCUGGAUGCUCUAUUGAAUGAGCAUAAUGAAUUGUUGAAAAUAUUCAAAUCCCACAUGCACAAAUUAGAAAGCGAUAAUCACGCUAUUGUUAUUAAUCCUGAUAAAACACCAGCUGGAGAACACAUUCGUAGAUUCAAUGUACCUGUUGCUGACGACGUUGCUGGAAUCAUGGUUGGCGAUCGUACAGGUGCACGAGAAAUUGUGAUUCAUAGGAGAAAUAAUAAUCUUCAGUUUAUUGCUGAUACACACCGUUCAUAUGACGCUCUCCAAUAUCCGCUAAUCUUCUGGAAGAGACAAGACGGAUAUAGCAUAAAUAUUAAACAACGAGAUCCCGUAUCAGGAGCCGAAACAAACAAGAACGUUAGCUCGAAGGAUUAUUAUGCGUAUAGAUUGAUGAUUAGACGCGGGCUGGAUAACGUCAUUCUACGAUUUCGAGAGCUUUGUCAACAAUUCAUGGUCGACAUGUACGCGAAGAUAGAAGGCGAACGACUACGAUACUUACGAUAUAAUCAACUCAAGCUACGUGUGGAAGAGUACAUUCACUUGCGAGACGCUAUUGUCAACAACGCCGACGCCGCCGAAAUUAGUAACUCUGUCAUUCUACCAUCAUCGUACGUAAGCAGUCCACGUCAUAUGCAAGAGUAUAUACAGGAUGCUCUGACUUUUGUGCGCGAAUAUGGGCGACCGUGUUUAUUUAUCACGUUCACAUGUAAUCCAAAAUGGCCAGAGAUUACAUCUUUGCUGUUGCCUGGCCAAAAUGCAAUACAUCGUCAUGACAUUACAGCUCGUGUGCUUAGACAAAAGCUGAAGUCAUUAAUAAAUUUUAUUACUAAAUCACAUGUAUUCGGUCCCACACGUUGCUGGCUGUAUUCGGUUGAGUGGCAAAAGCGAGGAUUACCUCAUGCCCACAUUUCGGUUUGGUUAAUCGACAAAAUCCGUCCUGAAGAAAUAAAUAAUAUAAUUUCUGCAGAUAAUAUAAUUCCCGAUCCGUCUACUGAUCAAUUGCUAUUUGAUAUUGUUACAGCAAACAUGAUUCAUGGCCCAUGCGGUACUUUUAAUCGUUCAUCACCUUGCAUGUCAAAUGGAAAAUGUACAGAAAAUUUCCCUAAAGAUUUCACUAACGAUACAAUCACAAAUGUCGACGGAUAUCCAAUAUAUCGUCGAAGGAAUCCAGAUAAUGGCUGACAAUCAUUUAUUAAAAACAUCAGCAACACAGACAUUGAUAUUGACAAUUGUUGGGUCGUGACAUAUUCGCCCCUGCUGAGCAAAACAUACAAUGCUCAUAUUAAUGUUGAGUUCUGCAGUUCUGUGAAGAGCAUCAAAUACAUUUGCAAGUAUGUCCAUAAAGGCAGUGACAUGGCGGUGUUUAGAGUGGAAAAUACCAAUGUGAAUGCUCCUCCAGUAAAUAAAAACGAUGAAAUAACGCUCUACCAAAUAGGUCGGUACAUCAGCUCCAAUGAAGCUGUUUGGCGUAUCUUUGGUUUUCCGUCUAGCAAAUAAUAAAUCAAGGUUAUUGUAGCCACAACGUGCAUCCACCCGAUUGGCUAGUGCGCUUCCGGAGUCCUCGCCGCCCAUAAAGUAGAUUUGUAAAAAUUUAUGUGGUUCGUUUGGCAUUGGCAGCAAUGAGCCUAUUUUAUGAUAAACUUGGCCUCUGAUU